AUGCUCUGCAAAAGACACAUUUCGCAACACCAAGAUACCGAUGUUCACUACAGUAUUAUAUUACUCACUAAAGAGCAAGACCGAGCAGAGCGUGCGCGCGAGCGCCCGCCAGCUCGAGCUCAGCUGCAGGUGUGGUUUGAAUGCGACCUCCGCAAGCUUGUUGUGGUGCUCAUCGCGGCCGACGACUUACCGCCUCGAGACCACACUUUGGGAUAUGGAGAUGAACCAGAAGCUUUCGCCAGAAUACGGCUCCUACCUUCAUUGGAGAGCUGCCCUCCUGUAGAAACCGACCCAGCCUCAGCUUCGUGUAGCCCGGUGUGGAAUGCUACUCUUAGCUUUGGAGGUCUAACAGCUGACCUGUUGGCUGGCCGAGCUUUAGAGCUUACUUUAUGGGAUGCCUGCCCGGGUAUUGACCCAGUUUUAAUCGGAGAAUGUACUAUGGAAAUUGAAAAAGCAUUCGCGGAGGAGCGUGCCGUAUGGUGGACCUUAGAAGAGCGUGGACCCCGCUCAGCCAACGCUUCACCACGCGGUUCGCUCACUGGUGCGCGUGCAUUACGCCGCGGAGACUUCGCCUCCCAGCGUUCAGUGUCAGACGACGUCGAUUCCAUCGGCGAAUGUGCAUCUUUGCUGCACCCGGAUCAUGCGUGGGUGGGAGGGUCCAGACGUGGCUCCUCACAGUCAGAAACACUCGAAGUGGAGGUUUACCAGCUUGGCAAAGAUUUUUCACGAUCUUUACCAGGCUCUCGUCGCUCCUCAUUCCAGCAACAAGAAAAGGGUAAUGAUGUUUUUUACAAAAUUCAGGAACUUCUCGAUAUUUGA